ACUGAUAGUUGUUGUAUGCUAUAUUGUAAUCAAUCAAUUCAAAGUAAUGUUGUGAAACUUUAUGGUAACACAUGCGACUUCCUGUUUGUUGAUCGGCCGGUUUGUUUACAUUUUACAUUACACAACCAAGUAGAUACGAGCUACGCCUACAUUGUGCUCUUUGAAGGUGUGAAGAACAGGAUGAGGGGAAGUAAAGAGGUACAUCUGGUAACAGGAGGAGGGGGUUACCCAGGCUACACCCUAGGCAAGCAGCUUAUUGAACGGGGCCACAAAGUUAUCCUUCUCGAUCUCAGGGAACCAAAAUGGCCACUGACGGAAGGCAUGACUUUUAUAAAGGCUAGCAUCACCAACGUUGAUGAACUAGAAGCAGCAUUUAAGGGUGUGGACUGUGUGUACCACAUGGCAUCCUAUGGUAUGUCAGGCAGGGAACAGUUAAACACGAAACUGAUAGAAGCAGUAAACAUAGGUGGUACAGAAAACGUCAUAGCUGCCUGCCUUAGGAACAAAAUCCAGCGUUUGGUGUACACCAGUACAUACAAUGUGGUGUUUGGGGGAGAGGAGAUCAGAGAUGGUGAUGAAACCCUGCCUUACCUCCCUUUAGACAAGCAUACGGAUCAUUAUUCCCGGACCAAAAACGUGGCCGAACAGUCCGUCCUUAAGACAAAUGGUAGGGAAGGCUUGAGGACAUGUGCACUACGUUUGGCUGGAGUAUAUGGUCCCGAAGAUCAGCGACACAUCCCUCGCAUUGUGGGCUAUUUGGAACAAGGUCUGCUGGUGGCGACAGCAGCUCCCGACUCUGUACAGGACUUUCUGCACGUGGAGAAUCUCGCCCAGGGACAUCUACUGGCAGGGGAGGGGCUGACUGAAGCACGAGGAUAUGUUGCUGCAGGACAAGCCUACUUCCUGUCAGAUAAUUGUCCAGUCAACACACUCCAAUUCUACAAACCACUGAUCGAAGGUCUGGGCUACAGCAUGCCUAAGUUGGUGAUUCCGGUUCAAAUGCUGUAUUUCUUUGCAUUUAUAACAGAAUGGGUCCACUUCGUUAUAGCCAGGGUACAUAACUUCCAGCCGAUGCUGACCAGAACAGAGGUAUACAAGUCAUGCGUCACGCAUUACUACAGUGUAGCUAAGGCUCGCAAGGAUCUGGGAUAUAAUCCAGGAAAGAAAAAUGACAUUAUGGAAGUUUUAGAAUUUUACAAAAAGGAAGGACGAAUGAAGAAAACGAGAAAGCAGUCUGCUUUUAUGUAUUAUAUAGUGAACGUCAUCAUAGCAUUGGUGUUUGCUUCAAUUGUCAUGUCCUUUCUGCCCGGUGUAAAGUGAUCAUUAAUUCACACCUGCGGAAUUAAUUGUUUCUUUAAAAUUUAGAAAGAGCGGAAAUAGUCAACAGGUUGUAACAUGUCAUAAAUGAUGCUAUUAAAUCUAAGAUAUAUCCUCACAAAAGCAUCGCCAAUUUUACUUAAUAUAACUAUAGAAUGUGAUGGGGAAAAAAUGUACGAGACUUUCUUUUACUGUGAAUAUUACGCGUAAAAAAACACACUUUUAGUAUGUUGAUAAUCAGAAGGUAAUUAUUGUUGGUAUAAAAUAUGCUAAUAAUGAAAACAAUUGUCAAUAUCUUUUAAACACAAAUUUUAUGAGAAUGAAAAAAAAAUUAGGUAAAUUUUGAUUAAUGUAUUCAACUUGGGAGUCGUUUCCCUGAAAAUGGAAAUAUAUUUUUCACAUGUAUAUCAUAGCUCCUAGACUUAAACAAUCAAAAGUAUUUAAUGAUAUCUUUAUGUAUAAACGCUCUUUAGUUUUUUCUUUUGUACACAUCACUAUGGGUGCUAGUGAGUUUAACUCGCCAUGAUUUCCACCAAUAGUUUUUGAUGAUGGGAACAUCAGUUUUAGACUGUUCUAGUUCUCCUCCACAUUUAUCUGAUAAUUUUCUUUUUGAUGACAAAUUUAUUCAACAUCUGUAUAAAUUGUAUAUAUAGAGGAUAUUGAAUGGUUUCCCAUUUAAUAUAAUAUAUAUUUCAC